AUGCCUCGGAGAAGACCCAGGAGGCGCUGGAAGGACUACGUCUCUUGGCUGGGCUGGGAACGCUUGGGGUCCCACCGGCAGAGCUGGAGGAAGUGUCUGGGCCGCGUAUCAGCAGCAGCAGCAGCAGUAAAAGCAGCAGCAGCAGAGGACACGGCACCACGCUGGAGAGAGCAGAGGAAACCCAGUAGUUUGAAUGGAGAGAAACAUGUGAAGACCUUUGGCCCAACCGACAAGUCAGCCUUCAAUAACAAAAAGGAGGUCUUGGCCUUUCUUCCUUUCAUCUGUUCUUUCUUCUUCCUCUGCGACUUCCUAUCUCCCACAACAAACAUGGAAUGGUCAAUAAAAAGAACUUUAUCACCCAAGUUUGGUUUGAUAGCUUCCCUAAUAAGUCUAUGGAUGUUAGCUUCUUCUUUCUGCCAUGGACAAACUUUCAAUAGUUUCCAUCCAGAACGCCGGGAUUGGGUCUUCAACCAUUUGACAGUCCACAGAUCAACAGGAGCGUUGUACAUCGGAGCGGUCAACCGUGUUUACAAGCUUUCCGGAAACUUAACUUUACUAGUCUCCCAUGACACCGGCCCCGAAGAUGACAACAAAGCAUGCUAUCCACCUCUUAUCGUUCAACCAUGCUCCGAACCGCUAGUCUCAACCAACAACGUCAACAAACUUCUUCUCAUCGAUUACUCCCAAAAUCGUCUGCUAGCUUGCGGUAGCUUAUAUCAAGGUGUAUGCAAGCUACUUCGACUUGACGAUCUCUUUAUCCUAGUUGAGCCAUCGCAUAAAAAAGAACACUACCUCUCUAGCGUUAACCAAACUGGGACCAUGUAUGGGGUAAUCGUGUCUUCGCAAGGCCAGGAUGGGACGCUCUUUAUCGGGACGGCGGUUGACGGAAAGCAAGACUACUUCCCAACCAUCUCCAGUCGGAAGUUGCCCCGUGAUCCUGAAUCUUCCGCUAUGCUUGACUACGAAUUGCAUACUGAUUUUGUGUCGUCACUGAUAAAAAUCCCAUCGGACACACUCGCGCUAGUCUCCCAUUUUGAUAUCUACUAUGUCUACGGAUUCUCAAGUGGUAGUUUUGUUUACUUCUUGACCGUCCAACCCGAGAUACCUGAAAAUAGCAUGUCUUCAAGUGGAUCUCCGAGCGAUCUGUUCUAUACUUCACGCAUUGUCAGGCUUUGCAAGGACGACCGCAAGUUCCACUCCUAUGUAUCCUUACCGAUCGGAUGUGUAAAGAAUGGGAUUGAGUACAGGCUCUUGCAGGCGGCCUACCUUGGAAAACCCGGUCGUGUUCUGGCAUCUUCGCUAAACAUCAGCGCUCAAGACGAUGUUCUCUUUACCAUUUUCUCUAAAGGCCAAAAACAGUUCCACCGCCCUCCAGAUGACUCAGCCCUCUGUAUCUUCACCAUCAAGGAUAUCAACGCUCGCAUCAAGGAGAGGCUGCAGUCCUGCUAUCAAGGAGAAGGCAACCUGGAGCUCAACUGGCUGCUCGGCAAGGACGUACAGUGCACCAAAGCGCCGGUGCCCAUCGACGACUCGUUCUGCGGCCUCGACAUAAACCAGCCUCUAGGGGGCUCCCAGCUGGUCACAGGUCACACUCUGUACACGGAGACCCGGGACCGCAUGACCUCCGUGACCUCUUACGUCUACAACGGCUUCUGCGUGGCAUUCGUCGGCACCAAGAGCGGACGCCUCAAGAAGAUUCGAGUGGAUGGCCCCCCACAUGGAGGUGUUCAGUAUGAAACCAUCUCGGUGAUAAAAGACGGCAGCCCGGUGCUCAGAGAUAUGGCGUUUUCUCUGGACCGUAACUACCUCUACGUCAUGUCCGAGAGACAGGUGACCCAGGUGCCAGUGGAGUCGUGUGAACAGUACAGCACGUGCGGAGAAUGCCUGAGCUCGGGGGACCCUCACUGCGGCUGGUGUGUCCUGCACAACAUCUGCUCCCAGAGGAGUCGUUGCGAGCGCGCAGACGAGCCGUACCGCUUCGCUGCGUCUCUGAACCAGUGCGUGAAGGCCACUGUCUACCCCGACAGCAUCGCAGUGUCCGAGCCCAGCGUACCUCUGUUGGUGAAGGUGAGCGAUGUUCCAGACCUCUCCGCUGGAAUCACCUGUUCCUUUGGUAACCUGACGGAGGUGGAGGGCCAGGUCAACGCCAAUCAGAUCCUGUGUGUAUCCCCUGCAGCUAAAGACGUGCCGCUCAUCCCCACUGACCAAGACUGGUCAGGAGUGGAACUGCGUCUAAACUCUAAGGAGACGGGACAGAUGCUGAUCAGCACCGAGGUCAAGUUCUACAACUGCAGCGUGCACCAACUGUGUCUGUCGUGUGUGAACAGUGCCUUCCGGUGCCACUGGUGCAAAUACAGAAACCUUUGCACCCACGACCCGUCCAGCUGCUCUUUCCAGGAGGGGAGGGUCAACGCUUCGGAGGACUGUCCUCAGCUAGUGCGCUCAGAGGAGAUCCUGAUCCCGGCUGGAGAAGUGAAGCCCAUCACCUUGAAGGCCAAGAACCUGCCCCAGCCUCAGUCUGGACAGAGAGGCUAUGAGUGUGUGCUCAACAUACAGGGAGUCAACCACAGAGUCACUGCUCUGCGCUUCAACUCGUCCAGCGUGCAGUGCCAGAACAGCUCGUAUCUCUACGAAGGCAUGAAAAUCAGUGAGCUGCCCGUGGACUUUUCCGUGGUGUGGAACGGCAACUUUAUUAUUGAUAACCCGGAGAACAUUCAAGUGCACCUGUACAAGUGCGCCGCUCAGAGGGACAGCUGCGGUCUGUGCCUGAAGGCCGACAGGAAGUUUGAGUGCGGCUGGUGCAGCGGGGAGGGGCGAUGUACCCUACGUCACCACUGUCCCCCCAUCAACCCCUACACCACCCGCUGGCUCAACAUGAACACUAAGAACGUCAAGUGCACCAACCCCCGCAUCACCGAGGUGACCCCGAUGGCAGGACCACCAGAGGGCGGCACUCGGGUGACCAUCCUCGGCACAAACCUGGGUCUGUCCUUCUCAGAUAUGGUCAACAACGUGGAAGUGGCCGGAGUCCGCUGCACCCCUGUGGAGGAUGGAUAUAUUGUUGCAGAACAGAUUGUGUGUGAGAUCUCCGCCGCCCCUCCGGACAGCAGGGCAGGGGCCGUACAGCUCUGUGUGGGAGACUGCAGACCUGAGCUGAGGGCGCGCUCCUCUCAGCUCUACUCAUUUGUGACCCCGACAGUGACCGGCCUCUCCCCGAGCAGAGGACCUGAAUCUGGAGGAACCAAAGUGACCAUCCUGGGAGAGCACCUGGGGGCCGGCAGCAGCGUCACCGUGCGCUUUGGGAACCAGACCUGCGAGUUCUUUGACCGCACCAUGACAGAAAUCGUGUGCUACAGCGCCCCCUCUCUGUCCGGCGUGGGUCCUGUUCAGAUCAGCGUCAGCGUGGACCGGGCGCAGAUCCGGGAGAGCCUGACCUUUGAAUACAUCGACGACCCCACGGUGCAGCGUAUAGAGCCGGACUGGAGCAUCGCCAGUGGCCACACGCCUCUCAUGGUAACAGGAACCAAUCUGGACGUCAUCCAAGAACCAAGAAUCCGAGUCAAGUACGCCGGCCGCGAGUCUGUCAAUGUGUGUAAAGUCCUGAACACCACGAGUAUGAGCUGUUUUGCCCCCUCCCUGCUGCCGGAGUACCUCCCCGGGCUCGACUCAGUGAAACACGCAGACGAGUUUGGAUUCAUCUUCAACAACGUCCAGGCUCUUUUAGUCUACAACAACACCAACCUCCUGUACUACCCCAACCCGUACUUUGAACCCCUCAGUACUUCUGGGGUCCUGGAGCAGAAGCCAGGGUCGCCCAUCAUUCUCAAGGGCAGAAACCUGGUGCCGUCGGCCUCUGGUGGCGUGAAGCUGAACUACACCGUCCUGAUCGGGGACACGCCCUGCUCCGUCACUGUGUCUGAGAGCCAGCUCCUGUGUGAACCGCCCAACCUCACCGGACAAUACAAAGUCAUGGUGCAGGUGGGUGGUCUCCACGUGUCCCCCGGCUCGGUCCACAUCAUGUCCGACUCUCUGCUCACUCUCCCGGCCAUCGUCAGCAUCGCGGCCGGAGGAGGGCUGCUCCUCAUCAUCGUCAUCCUCGUCCUCAUCGCCUACAAGCGCAAGUCCAGAGAAAAUGACCUUACACUCAAGAGGCUGCAGAUGCAAAUGGACAACUUGGAGUCCCGGGUCGCCCUGGAGUGCAAAGAAGCGUUUGCGGAGCUGCAGACGGACAUAAACGAGCUGACCAGUGACUUGGACCGGGCGGGUAUCCCAUAUCUGGACUAUAGGACGUACGCCAUGAGGGUCCUGUUCCCUGGCAUCGAAGACCAUCCCGUCCUGAGGGAGCUCGAGGUGUCAGGAAACGGCCAGCUUCACGUGGAGAAGGCCCUGAAGGUUUUCGGUCAGCUCAUCAACAACAAAGUGUUCCUGUUGACUUUUAUCCGAACUUUGGAGAUGCAGCGUUCGUUCUCGAUGCGGGACAGAGGCAACGUGGCUUCCCUCAUCAUGACCGCUCUGCAGGGCCGACUGGAGUACGCCACCGAUGUCCUCAAACACCUGCUGUCCGACCUCAUAGACCGUAACCUGGAGAGCAAGAAUCACCCCAAACUGCUCCUGCGCAGGACGGAGUCGGUUGCGGAGAAGAUGCUCACCAACUGGUUUGCUUUCCUCCUUCACAAGUUCCUCAAGGACUGUGCUGGGGAGCCUCUCUUCAUGCUGUACUGCGCCAUCAAGCAGCAGAUGGAGAAGGGGCCGAUCGACGCCAUCACCGGAGAAGCCCGCUACUCCCUGAGCGAAGACAAGCUCAUCCGCCAGCAAAUCGAAUACAAGACACUGAUUCUGAAUUGUGUGAAUCCGGACAAUGAGAACAGCCCUGAGAUCCCGGUGAAAGUGUUGAACUGUGACACCAUCACUCAGGUCAAAGAGAAGAUACUGGAUGCAGUCUACAAGAACAUGCCAUACUCCCAGAGGCCGCGUGCUGUCGACAUGGACCUGGAGUGGCGUCAGGGGAGAAUGGCCCGUGUAGUUCUGCAGGACGAGGACAUCACCACCAAGAUCGAAAACGACUGGAAACGCCUCAACACGCUAAUGCACUACCAGGUGUCCGAUCGCUGUGUUGUGGCCCUAGUUCCCAAACAGACCUCCUCCUAUAACAUCCCAUCCUCGGCCAGCAUGUCCCGCUCCUCCAUCAGCAGAUACGAUUCCUCGUUCCGUUACACGGGCAGUCCUGACAGUAUGCGGUCCCGAGCUCCCAUGAUCACCCCAGACCUGGAGAGCGGGGUGAAGGUGUGGCAUCUGGUGAAGAACCACGAGCACGGAGACCAGAAGGAGGGGGACCGCGGCAGCAAGAUGGUGUCUGAGAUCUACCUCACCAGACUGCUCGCUACUAAGGGUACACUGCAGAAGUUUGUGGAUGACUUGUUUGAGACGUUGUUCAGCACGGUGCACAGAGGAAGCACGCUCCCAUUGGCCAUCAAAUACAUGUUUGACUUCCUGGACGAGCAGGCGGACAGACACGGCAUCCAUGACACUGAUGUGCGACACACGUGGAAGAGCAACUGCCUCCCAUUGCGUUUCUGGGUGAAUGUGAUCAAAAACCCUCAGUUUGUGUUUGACAUCCAUAAGAGCAGUAUCACAGACGCCUGCCUCUCUGUGGUCGCUCAGACGUUCAUGGACUCCUGCUCCACCUCCGAGCACCGUUUGGGCAAAGACUCGCCCUCCAACAAGCUGCUCUACGCUAAAGACAUCCCCCAUUACAAGAGCUGGGUGGAGAGGUACUACGCAGACAUAAACCGUCUGCCUGCCAUCAGUGAUCAGGACAUGAACGCGUAUUUGGCAGAACAGGCCCGACUCCACUCCUGCGACUUCAACAUGCUCAGCGCUCUGAACGAGAUCUACUCCUACGUCAGCAAAUACAGUGAAGAGAUCACCGCUGCUCUGGAACAAGACGAAACAGCGAGGAAGCAGCGUCUGGCCUACAAGGUGGACCAGCUCAUCUCAGCCAUGUCCCUGGAGAGCUGAGAGCGCCCCCUGCAGUCCAGUAGAAACUCUCACAUUAUACCUCUUCAUCGCGGUGCAGUACGAACUUAAAACAUGGAACUUACAAGCAGAUAGACUCCAAUGACAACGCCUGCUUUCGCUCUUCCUACGACGGUACCAGCUAUUUUAACGCCUAGAGACCGGACUAGCGCUUCACCUGCUGAUCGCGGAAGGAAGGAAUGUCUCAACGCAACUUUUAUUUAUUUAUUUGUUCCGAUAUUUUGAGGAAAACCGUGUGCGUGUGUGCGUGAGUGUGCAUGAAGAAAACUCCGACGACAUAUUUAUUCCCUACUUGGAUUGCAAAAAGAUGAGAAGUUGAUGAUCGUAAAGGAGAUUUUAUUUUUGUACUUGGACAUGAGUUGCAGCCUCUGUAAACUGCGCAAAGAGUGAUACCGGUUGCGUUGCGUUUCGUUUCUAUCCAAGAAUCGGGCCUGUAUAGGAA